CGUCCGCCCGCCCGCGCGCGCUUUGCUUAUACAAUUAUCACAGAGAAAACAACUCAGUAGACUACGAAGGUACUCUACGAAGUUGUCUAGUAUAAACGCGAAUUCUCUAAAGACAAACAGGUAUAGGGACAAUUAUUUUUUAAUAAACAUUGACUGACUUGUAAUGAAUAAAAGCCCUAAUAAGCAACAGCUGUUUGUUCGACGUAGCUCGUGGAAUACUCCAGUUACUUUUUACAUAAAUUUGCAUAAAGUUAAUUGCUAAAAAAAAUAUCUGAAAGGUUUUUGUGCGCCUUAAAAAACUCUGAAGGAAAGAACGCAGAUAAGCACAUAUGUUCUGAGCGAAAAAUGAUGUGGGUUUGGCAAAUGGGCAUUAGAGGAGAGAAAGUGGAAUCAUGAGCACGACCUCGCCCAAGUCUUCGCUGGCUAAGCUCGGGCUGUACCCCAAGCCCAAGCCCUUCAAGAUUAUGGUCCUGGGACAAUCGGGCGUCGGGAAAUCUGCGUUAGUGGUGCGAUUCAUCACCCGCCGCUUCAUCGGGGAAUAUGAUCCCAAUUUGGAGAAGAUUUACGCGUUUCAAUCUGUAAUUGACAACGAGAUGGUAUAUUUUGAAAUAUUGGACUCUGCGGGGGAUCCUCAUGAGAGCGAGUAUACAAAUUUGGAGAGCAACAUCAGGUGGGCCGAGGCGUUCAUCCUCAUGUACUCCGUGACGGACAAGUGCUCCUUCGACGAGUGCCAUCGGCUCAAAUUCCUAAUCAACUAUAACAAAAGGCGGCGCAGGAUAGCUUCAUCUAUGAAGGGUAGCGUCCUGGAGACGCCAGUGGUGCUGGUUGGCAACAAGGUGGACCAGCCCGGCGACCGCAUGGUGACCACCGAGGAGGGCCAGCGGCGCUGCAAGGAGAUUGGCUGCGUGUGCUUCCACGAGAUCUCCGUCCGCGAGAGCAUUGACCAGGUGUGGGGCGUAUUCAACGACGCGCGCCGAUUCUGGCGCGUGAGCAACAAGUGGAGCCGCGGGCGCGGCGCCGCGGCGGAGGCCGGCGCGCCCCCGGCCGCGCUGGAGCGCCCGCUGGCGCGCGCCGCCUCCGACACCACGCCCGACCCCGCCGCCAUCUGUCAUCGCUGGGCCGAAGCGGAGCCCGAGGCCGAGGAGGCCGGCUUCACCCGCAGCGACUCCACCUCGUCCUCCGGGCAGUCGGAGAGCGCGGAGGAAUUCCGCGCGCGCGCCAGCACCGACUCGCGCCUCCCGCCCCGCCCCGCGCGCCUCCGCCACCCGCCGCUCGUCGGCAACCCGCCGCCGGUCAGGCGCAUGAGCGUCGCUAUGAGGGGAAACAAUUCUAGUACUUAUUGA